AUGCAUAUCGGCGACUGGAAGUACGACCCGUGCGGCAACAAGAGAGGCUACGUCUGCAAGAAAAGAGGAAAAGGAUUGACAGCGCCGACUCUUGACGACAGCAAGUGUGAUCCCGGGUGGGUCGAGAACGACUCCAGCUGCUACAAGAAGGAGGUGAAGCCCAACGGUUGGCUGGGGGCCUGGCACCACUGCGUCUGGCUGGGCGGCAACCUGGUCUCGAUCACCUCCUCGGCCGAGGAAGACUUUGUGAAAACGACCAUGGACAAGGACACCCCCUUCUGGCUGGGACUCUCCAACCAGAAAUGCGACGACUCCUGGUGUCGCUUUGAAGGCGGGAGCCAGACGCUGGCCUGGUCUGAUGGCGAGACAAUAAAGCACACCAACUGGGCCCCAAAUCAACUCAAAAGCGCCGCCGUUGCGUCGUGCGCCUACGUCAACCAAGGGGGAAGUGGUGAGCCCGGCAAGUGGAGGUCUGGCUCCUGUCAUUCCUCGUUGGCCUACAUGUGCAAACGGCCGCUGAGCUGCCCAGAGGGACAGACGUGUUCCCCCAAACAUGGUCCUGCUGUCGUGAAGACUGCCUACUGCGACGACAACUCCUUCCACUAUGACGAUUAUUGUUACCGUUACGAGAAGACGCAUGAAAAUUAUGACGAUGCCGAGAAGUUCUGUCAAGUCCGGGGAGGCCACCUGGCUAGCGUCCACUCUAAGCAAGAGGCCCAAUUUGUGUAUGACCACACGCAGACCUCACAAUCUGCUUUGGUGGGACUCAAGAAAACGACGGGCGACGACUACAAGUGGAGUGACGGAACAACCUUUGAGUACAAACGGUGGGAAAAAGACACCACGGGAGACUGUGCGUUCCCAAAUUCUGUUGGGGAGUUGAGUGGCUGUCAGUGCUCAACGACGCGGCCAUUCUUCUGCAAAACAGCCAAGCACGGAGGGACUCGAAGGCUGGCAUCAUCAGUCAGCCUAGUCAGCUGGACUUACAAAUGCGGCUGGUGGCUGGACAACCCCACCGACGACUUCUGCUACCUGAUGAUCAGCCAGCCCACCAAGACCUGGCAGAAGGCGCAAGACGACUGCAAACGCCUGGAAGGGGACCUGCUCAGCAUCACCGACUCGCAUGAGCAGGGCAUCAUAGAGAGUAUCGCCAAGGUUCUGAUGGGCGAUGACGCCUCCCUGUGGUUGGGCGCCAACGGAGGCAUCGAGGGUGACGGCGGCAAGUGGGCUGACGGAUCCCCCUUUUCUUACCUCCACUCGAGUGAAGGUGACGCCAAAGAGGGGAAAUGUCUUUCCUUGCUCACCGGCAGCAGUGACUGGAAGCGUGACAAGUGCGACGACAGGAAAGGCUACGUCUGCAAGAAAAGAGGAAAAGGAAAGACAGCAAAACCCCAGCUGCUGCUACAUGACGGCUACAAGGAGGAAAUUUUCUGCCAAGACGAUUUGAAAGUCCUUGAUUGUUCCGAUGAAAGAGUCAUCCGCGUACAGUCGGCUUUCCAUGGACGGAGGCAUAGCAACGUUUGUCCGAGUGGCGGCGCCGGAUCACAGGGUCGCUGCAGGAUGAAAGGGGCUCUCUCUCACUUUAGAGCAUUGUGUGACAAACAUCAGCAUUGCCCCAUUCAACCUACGGGUACGGACCCCUGCCCUGGUGUCUCCAAAUACCACCACAUCGUCUACAGCUGUGAGCAGAAAGUGUGUCUUGACAGUCUGGGCAUCGCUGACGGGACAAUCCCAGACUCCUCCUUCUCAGCCUCUUCCUCUGCGAUCAAUGGCGAACCUCACAAAGCACGUUUGGGGGGCAGCGGUUGCUGGAGACCGUCCAAACUCGGCAGCUGGAUCCAGGUGAACCUCGGUCAGACCUACAAGGUGACGGGCAUUGUGACCCAGAGGUGUAUGUACCAAGAGUAUUCUUCCAGCAAGUUUGAGUUGCAGUUCAGUAGUGACGGAGAGACUUGGUAUCGCCACUCAGAGGAGCCUGUUGUGGGGACGCACAUGCUAACCAAGUUCGUGUUCGCCAAGUACGUCCGCCUCCUGCCAAGGUUUACUGGCCUUCGCUUUGACGUCUUAGGGUGCACGCCUGACGACACCUCUCGCGACAUCUUAUGCAGCAGCACAGCCACCAGCCUCGGCCUCGACGGUUCAAUGACGGUCCGAUGCCCGGCGGGCUGCGCCCGAAUCGACACGGUCUAUGGAACAAAGAUCUACAAACAAGAGUCAAACAUCUGCGCGGCUGCCAUUCACUCGGGCGUCAUUGAGAACGCGCUCGGAGGAAUUGUGACUUUGGUGACGAAAAAGCCACAGGAGGCCUACAGCAGCUCCGCCAGGAACGGGAUCACCUUGAGGGAUGGUGGCGGUUUGGCUCAGUCUCCGUCUUUCACUUUUCUUGAACAGGAGCCGAGAUGCUUGGGACCUGAAUGGGAGGAGUUUGCGGACUUUUGCUACAAACGUUUUGAUGAGAGAAAGACGUGGUACGGCGCUCGACAAUCCUGCUCCUGUCUGAAGGCCAAGCUGGUGUCCAUUCGCUCCAAGGUUGAGCAGGAUUGGCUGCAAGACCUCCUGACGUCAGCCCCCGGCAACACAUGGAUCGAACUGAACGCCCCGGUGGUUCCCGGCGAAUUCGCGUGGUUGGACCACCAGAAGGUGACCUUAACCAACUGGGCUCCGGAAGAACCUGGCGAGGGGUUGGAGAAUUGCGUGGCCGCCUUGAGCCAGGUGGGUGGAAAAUGGAAGAUGAAGUCGUGCGCGGAACUCAACGGGUACAUGUGUAAGAUGCCCACGGAGCGUUAUGAGCUGGAUAAAGGCGCCAAUGCAAGCUGCGAGUAAUCAUAUGAAUGCAAUUGACCUUGCAUGAUCGUUCUGUUUGAUUUACCAUGCAUUUUGAUUGACUGACUGAUGCUCUAUUAUGAUUGAUUUACCAUGCAUUAGUCUUUUUGUUAGAUUUACCAAGUGUUAUGAUUCUGUUUACUUCUUCUUCUUCAUGACUUAACAUGUGAAAUGACAAUUUACCAUGCAUUAUUAUUCCUUUGUCCAUUUACCAUGUUAUUAUUCUCUUAGAUUUACCGUGGAUUUUCCUCAUUUAUUUCUUAUAUUUCAUUUUACUUAUUGUUAAAUUUACCAUGCAUCAUGAUUAUGGCAUCUGAUGAUUUACCAUGCAUUAUUAUUCCUUUGUCCAAUUUACCAUGUUGUUAUUCUCUUAGAUUUACCGUGCAUUUUCAUCAUUGAUUUCUUAUAUUUCAAUUACUUAUUGUUAAAUUUACCAUACAUUAUUAUUACGCCAUCUGAUGAUUUACCAUGCAUUAUUACUUUGUCCAAUUUACCAUGUUGUUAUUCUCUUAGAUUUACCGUGUACCGUUUUUUUCCGUGUAUAGUGCGCCCCCAUGUAUAGUACGCACCCCUAACAAUGGCAUGCUGAUGCUGGAAAAAAGCUUGUACCCAUGUAUAAUACGCACCCAAUUUUUAUGAAUUUUUUUAAAAAAAAAUUUAAUUUUUUUUUUUUUUUUUUUUUUAAGUCCCAAAGAUCGUCACACACGCAGGGAGGCAAUGGGUCCCAUUUUUAAAGUCUUUGGUAUGGUCUUAACUAGGCUGGAUGUCAUUUUUUUUGUUGGCGUUGAUUUCUCCGACUGCCCCUAAACGCACCACCGCGCUCCGUGCGCACACGGCGGCUCUGUAUGGGAGAGACGUUGAAGAGGAAUAAAAACACCCUUGGAAACCAAAACUUGCCCCUCGUCGUGACUCGGAGCCGCAACAAAUGUUUCGGAUUUGUGUAGGGUACAUUGUGACAGACGGCAAACUAGCAGGUGAUCGAGCGAGCGUCUGAUACAAGAGCAUUGCGGUCGUAUGGAGCGUGUUUGAAAUGAACAGCAGAGACGAAAGGAACAAGGCAAAGUGUUGUGAAAUAAAAUAUUACCUGUAAUACGCAUUUUGUUAUUUGCUGAUUGAAACUGCUAAUUAAACUGUGAAUUGAAACUAAUAGGUGGAGAACUGAACUCUCGCUCUUUAUAUAGCUGACGUGUCUUGCGCAACCGUUCUGCGCAUCUGUAAUGGCGGCCUCCGUAUGACGUCCGGUCCGCGAUGGAGAUUAAAAAACAAACAAUAUUUGACAAUAACACACCAUCGAGGAUUGCACCAUCGCAUCAAACGAUGUGUCGUCAAUUAUGAAUUUUACUAAGUGUGUUGGGCAGGAUGGCUGAAUGCGAUGCGCGAUUGACAACAAACAAGAAGAAAGGUGAGUUUUAUUUCGGGGGAGAUUUGUCAUGUCUCGUCCCCAGUUUUGCUAUGUGUCUAGGUUGCCAUAGUUUCUGUUCGUGUCACCCCGCUCUUCCUGUGUCACCUCAAUCGAUGUAACGUGUUUUGUAUUUAAGUCCUGUCUGCCCCUCGCUCACCGUUGGAUCAUUGUAUGUGUUACUGUCAUUCUGUUCCUGUCUUUGGUAAUGUCACCCUGUCUUUUUGUUCCACGACU